AUUUCAAAUUCAGCCCAAAACAGAUCUCCAUUGUUGUUCACCAUCAGGUUGUUAAGCAGUCUCUUCCCUUAGAAGCAAGUUUUAGAUUCUCUCUACAGAGACUUGAUUGUGUGUGUGUGUGUGUGUGUUUUCUUUCACGAGUUCGAUCGAUUAAACAAGCGAAUUCGUAAUUAAUCAUCGAUACCACCAGUUUUCUCAUUGUUCUUUCGUAAUUGAAUUGAAAAUUUUGAAUUCGUUCGUAUAAACCAAGGAUUUGGGAGGAAAUUAUGGAUAGCGGCCCUCCGUUCCACAGGGAGGGCUUGCCAACGACGAUAUCUAAAGCAGAAAAGCAACGUUGGAGAUCAUCAUCGUCAUCAUCAAAAAGUUCUUCUUCUAGACCUUCAAUUCUAUUGGCUUUCUUCUCUUGUCUCGCUUGGCUUUACAUCGCCGGAAGGUUGUGGCAAGAUGCUGAGAACAGAACAUUAUUGGCUAAUCUGCUCAUUAAGAAUUCUUCCCAGAGACCAAAGGUUCUUACUGUUGAAGACAAGCUAAUGGUCCUAGGAUGCAAGGAUUUAGAGAGAAGAAUUGUGGAAACUGAGAUGGAAAUAACACUAGCAAAAAGUCAAGGUUUUCUUAGUAACCAAUUGAAGUCAUCUUCUAACAAAAAGUUUCUUGCUGUGAUUGGCAUUUAUACUGGAUUUGGUAACAAAUUAAGAAGAAAUUCUUUCAGAGGAUCAUGGAUGCCUGAAGGUGAUUCUUUAAAGAAGCUUGAAGAAAGAGGAAUAGUCAUACGUUUUAUCAUUGGCAGAAGUCCUAAUCGUGGUGAUAGCUUGGAUCGCAACAUUGAUGAAGAAAAUCGCACAACAAAAGAUUUCUUGAUUCUUGAUGCUCAUGAGGAGGCUGAGGAAGAAUCACCUAAAAAAGCAAAGUUUUUCUUCAGUACAGCUGUCCAAAAUUGGGAUGCUGAGUUUUAUGUAAAAGUUGAUAACAAUAUUAACCUUGAUCUUGAGGGUUUAAUUGAGCUUCUAGAAAGUCGUCAGGGGCAAGAUAGUCUUUACAUUGGAUGCAUGAAAUCCGGUGAAGUAGUUUCUGAAGAAGGAAAGCAAUGGUAUGAACCUGAUUGGUGGAAGUUUGGUGAUGCAAAAUCGUACUUUAGGCAUGCAGGUGGCUCACUUUAUAUUCUAUCAAGAAAUUUUGCUCAGUAUAUUAACAUUAACAGUGUAUCUUUGAAGACAUAUGCUCAUGAAGAUACAUCAGUUGGUUCAUGGAUGAUGGGUAUACAAGCAACAUACAUAGAUGACACCCGUGUGUGUUGUGGCACUUCUCGACAAGAUAAAGUAUGCUCUUUGGCUUGAUAAAAGGAGGGAGGGUUAUGAAGAAUAUUGCUUAAAUCGGUAUGUCUUUUUAGGAUUUUUGUCAUAUAGUUAGAUGUAGAGAAAAGGUUUAGCUAAUCAUUUUUGGAUGUAGGUUUUGACUACAUAUUUUUAGAAAAAAAGUUGUUCCUUUUUUAAUAUGGUAAAACUUUUUAUAACUUUCUUGAUGGUUUUAGUGCAUUGAAAUCAUGAUUCAUGAGCUUAUUCAAUA